AUGAGGAACCGAAAGAAAAAAAAAUUGCCCAUCCGUUGGCUGGGGAAGCCUAUCGAUAGCCGAUGUUUCCCCGUUAACCAACUUCGCCGACGCGAAGAAGCUGAAGAACGUGCGAGUGCAUCACAACCGUUGACACUCCAUCGGCAUCUUGAAACGUGUCAUUCGCUCAGUGCCGCUAUCGAAGUAGUAACCGACCGUUCCCUAACGACACAAGGGGACACGACGAAUCCGACCGGCCGAAUCUAUCCUCGACGAAUCAUCCCAUGGACCACAUUCCCAACGAGACAAGAAGAAAUCUGGGAUCAGCUCUCCUUCAGUCCCUGGAAUUGUUCCCGAGCCGCCUUUCCGUCCCGACACCAGCUGGAAUACGUGAGGUCCCUGCUUCGCCCAUGGGGCAACAACGACGCAACUCCCCAGGCCACCCAACCGGGCCACUCAUCGUCGAAAGGCUCGGGGAAAGGGCAAUCGAGCGGAUCAGUCUGCAUAUACCGUACCACCGACGAUCGAAAUAUACCAACGGUCGCGAUAGAGUACAAACCACCACACAGGUUGAGUCAGGACGAGGUUGUCACAGGGUUCGUAUCAGAGAUCGAACCAGAUCGCGAUGUAAUCAACCAGGAUGGUGAAGAAUUUGCAUUCGCAGCGAAAAGGCUUACCACCGCCGUCGUGACCCAGCUCUUCUCCUACAUGGCCAUCCGAUCGCCGCCUCCAUCUCAGGCCUGGCACAGCGCUGCCGAAAACCUCGAUAUAUGGCGUGUGGAGGAUGAGGAUGUGUUCAGGAGCAUUCCGGAGACAAAGCGCAAGGAGAAGCGUGUUACUCCUUACAGACCACAGCGUUGGAAGGGAUUCGUAUGCUCCCCAAUCCGGACACGGUCUCGAUGCUUGCCGGCAGAGAGUGGAGCGCAGCAGCCAAGUGAUGAUGACAACGAUUAUGAUGGCAGUCCCUCACCUACUUCAGAUCGGGUCAGGUGUUGCAAAGAGACGUCGGUCAUCCCAAAAGACACCAAAUCGAGCAACAGACGAGAUGGUGGCGGAGCUCAGCAAGGUGACUCCAUAAAUCGACAAAGUAUCCAAGACCGACCAUAUUGCACCCAUAAGACUGCCAUUAUCAUUCUAAACAAUCUUUUCUCAGAUGACCUUCUUCUUUCAAGUCGUACUGUUGUACGUAGUGUGUGA